UCCGCUCGGUUGGCGCGAAAGUCGGUUCCCGGCCUCGGCGUUUCCGGGUUCUGCAGCGUUAGCUUGGGGUUGGGGCCGCCGCCGGGGGCGGGGGGUGCGCGCCGGGGUGGCGCCCGACCCCAGCCGCAGUCCUGCCGGCCGCGCGCCCCCCGACUUGAUGCCCGUGGGCCUUCCGGCUCCACCGAGUUCAGCUAUGUCCAGAAAUGACCAAGAACCGUUUCUUGUGAAGUUUUUAAAGUCUUCAGACAAUUCAGAAAGUUUUUUUAAAGCUCUUGAGUCAAUAAAGGAAUUACAAUCAGAAAAUUAUCUUCAGAUUAUUACAGAAGAGGAAGCAUUGAAGAUAAAGGAGAAUGACAAGUCCCUUUAUAUCUGUGAUCGUUUCAGUGGUGCUGUUUUUGAUCACCUUAAACAGCUUGGCUGCAGAAUUGUUGGUCCUCAUGUAGUCACAUUUUGUAUGCGCCACCAGCAGUGUGUUCCAAGAGCCGAGCAUCCAGUUUACAACAUGAUUAUGUCCGACGUAACUGUAUCGUGUACAAGCCUGGAUAAAGACAGGAGGGAAGAAGUUCAUAAAUAUGUACAAAUGAUGGGUGGACGAGUAUAUAGAGACCUUAAUGUAUCAGUCACUCACCUUAUUGCAGGAGAAGUUGGGAGCAAAAAAUAUUUAGUUGCUGCUAAUCUGAAGAAACCUAUUUUGCUUCCUUCUUGGGUAAAAACACUUUGGGAGAAGUCACAAGAGGAGAAAAUAACAAAAUACACUGAUAUAAACAUGGAAGACUUUAAGUGCCCUACUUUUCUUGGUUGCAUUAUUUGUGUGACUGGCUUAAAUGGUAUACAGAGAAAGACAGUUCAGCAACUUGUGGCUAAGCAUGGAGGCCAGUACAUGGGGCAGUUGAAGAUGAACGAGUGUACACACCUCAUUGUGCAAGAACCAAAAGGACAAAAGUAUGAGUGUGCCAAGAGGUGGAAUGUACACUGUGUGAUUCUGCAGUGGCUUCAUGACAGUAUUGAGAAAGGCUUUUGUCAGGAUGAGUCUCUCUAUAAGGCUGAACCCAGAGCAGAAGUAAAGACGGUGCCUGACACUUCCACUCCCACGGGUCAGAACAAUGCAGCAGCUGAAAGUCGCACUCUCGCAGAUGUCAGCCAUAUUUCCAACAUAAAUGGCAGCUGUAUAAAUGAAACAGUGUUCUGUUCAACUGUCAGCAAACUUGAAUGUACAGUUGAAGACCUAGAAAAUGUGGACAUCAGUAUGUUUCAAGCACCCGAAGAUUUACUAGAUGGCUGUCGGAUAUUUCUUUGUGGUUUUAGUGGCAGAAAGCUAGAUAAGCUGAGAAGGCUCAUUAACAGUGGAGGUGGAGUUCGAUUUAAUCAACUUAAUGAAGAUGUAACUCAUGUAAUUAUGGGAGAUUUCGAGGAUGACGUGAGGCAGUUUUGGAGCAAAUCAUCCCACAGGCCUCAUGUAGUGGGAGCAAAGUGGUUGCUGGAGUGUUUUAGUAAAGGGUAUAUGCUCCCUGAAGAGCCAUACAUCCAUACAAACUACCAGCCAGCUGGAGUUACAGUUCCAGAUCAGCUCGAAAACCAGACAGCUGUCCUCGAAAAGAGUGGCACUCUCGCUAGGAAAGACUUUACCCCUAACGAGACACUCCAGCAAGCAGAUGAGGACAUACUCGCUCAGUAUGUAAACAAUGACUCCACAGUAGUUGAAUCCAAGCCAUCUGAAGCUAUAGAGACUGAAGGUGGGCCUUGCAGUGAUUGUACUCACAUUGACCCCUGUGACGAUUCCACUCACAUUUCUCUGCAAGAGGAAAAUCUGUCAUCUGUCGCUCAUUGCCUCCUUGAUGGCUCUACAGUUCCUGAAGAAGGCUUAUUUAGCCAAAAGAGUUUUCUUGUUUUGGGUUUUAGUAGUGAAAAUGAACGCAAUAUUUUAAACAUCAUAAGAGAGCAUGCUGGAAAGAUUGUGUCCGUUCCCAGCAGAAUUGUUGCUGACUAUGCUGUGGUUCCGCUGCUGGGGUGUGCAGUAGAAGCAACAGUGGGAGAAGUUGUUACAAAUACAUGGCUGGUCACAUGUAUAGAUAACCAGAUACUAGUUGAUCCCAAGUCGAAUCCCCUCUUCACACCAGUCUCAGUAAUGCCAGGAGUGACUCCUUUAGAGGACUGUGUGAUUUCAUUCAGUCAGUGUGUUGGAGCAGAAAGAGAUUCCUUGAUAUUCCUAGCAAGUCACCUUGGAGCAAGUGUUCAAGAAUUCUUUGUUCGGAAAUCCAAUGCAAAAAAAGGCAUGCUCGCCAGUACACAUCUUGUAGUGAAAGAACCGAUUGGUUCUAAAUAUGAAGCUGCAAAGAAGUGGAGUUUGCCGGCAGUGAAUAUUUCAUGGCUCUUAGAAACUGCUAGAAUGGGAAGGAGAGCAGAUGAAAACCUUUUUUUGGUUGACAGUGUACCUAAACAAGAACAAUUGUUAGAAACUAAGAUACCAAAUGGCAUGAUUCGAAAUCCAGAUUCUCCAGCACAUCCUGACACACACCUGGAAAUUCACAGAAAAAUGGCUGUUACACCCUUGGACAUGAACCGCUUUCAGAGUAAGGCUUUCCAUGCUGUCAUCUCGCAGCACAGUAGGCAGGACUCUGCCUCUCCAACAAUAGGACAGCCGCCUAAGAAGGAGCCCUCCUUACACCUGGAUACACCAUCAAAGUUUCUGUCCAAGGACAAGCUUUUCAAGCCGUCCUUUGAUGUGACGGAUGCACUUGCAGCCUUGGAAACCCCAGAUGCUGCCAGCCAGAAGAAGAAAGUCAGCUCACCACUCUCAGAAGUCAUCGUCAGGAACUUGAAAGUUGCUUUGGCUAAUAGUUCUCGAAACCCUGGCAGUCUUUCUACCAGCCCCCAGCUGAAGGGUGCCCAUUUGGCGGAGGAAGAGGCUCCAAAACCACUUGACAAAGUUGUGGUGUGUGUGAGUAAAAAGCUCAGUAAGAAGCAGAGUGAGCUAAAUGGGAUCGCAGCCUCUCUCGGAGCAGAGUACAGGUGGAGUUUUGAUGAGACGGUAACUCAUUUCCUUUAUCAGGGUCGGGCAAAUGAUAGUAAUCGAGAAUACAAAUCUGCGAAAGAAAGCGGGGUGCACAUUGUUUCCGAGCAUUGGCUUUUAGAGUGUGCUCAAGAGUAUAAGCGUCUUCCUGAAUCUCUUUAUCCACACACUUACAACCCCAAGAUGAGCCUGGAUAUCAGUACAGUGCAAGAUGGCCGGCUCUGUAACAGCCGGUUACCCUCAGCAGUUUCUGCGUCUAAGGACAAUGAGCCAGAUCAUUUGUCUGUAGAAGAAAAUGUGACAAACAAUAUGGACAUGAAUAACAAAGAAUUGGGACUAUUGAAUGGGAACGGAAGAAAUGAUUGUGAAGGAGCUCUAACACAGGCCUUGGAGAUGAGAGAAAAUUUUCAGAAGCAACUGCAAGAGAUCAUGUCAGCCACUUCUAUCGUGAAGACACAGGCGCAGAGGACUUGCCUGUCGAGAAGCAGUUGUAACAGUACUUCUUCAACUCCUGACAGCGCUCGCUCUGCUCGGAGUGGACGAAGCCGAGUCCUGGAGGCACUCAGGCAGUCUCGACAGGCAGUGCCUGAUAACAACACAGAGCCCUCCCAAAAUGAGCAGAUCAUUUGGGAUGACCCGACAGCAAGGGAGGAAAGAGCAAGGCUCGCCAGCAACUUACAGUGGCCGAGCUAUUCCACACAGUUUUCUGAACUUCAGGUUGAAGCUAAAAAACUGGACGAUUCUCCUGGAAAGCCUGUAGACCAUUCGGACAUUGCUGAGCAAGCCUUGUGUGUGACUGAAGUGCCAGGGCACCCAGGCUCUGAAGAACCAGAAACUCCAGCAGCAGAUAGACAUCUGAUUUCCAGGCCUCAAGCUCCCAGUAUGGCUUUCCCCCUGGCCAAGCCACCUGUGGCUCCACAACCUAUGGACAAGAUUGAAACACUGGAGGAGACUCAUGAAAAACUUGAAAAACAGUAUGUGUUCCAGAUGUCAUCUCUGAAUUCUCAAGAGCGGAUUGAAUACUGUCACCUGAUUAAAAACCUAGGUGGGUCGGUGAUCGAGAAGCAGUGCUCAGACCCCAGCUGCACACACAUGGUUGUGGGCUACCCACUGCGCAAUGAGAAGUACUUAGCUUCCAUGGCAGCUGGCAAGUGGGUGCUUCAUCGCUCCUACCUGGAUGCUUGCAGGACAGCUGGGCACUUUGUGCAGGAAGAAGAUUAUGAAUGGGGAAGUAGCUCCAUACUUGCUGCUCUCACUGAUGUCACUGAGCACCAGCAAAAACUAGCACUUGGAGCAAUGAGAUGGAGGAAAAGAAUCCAGCAAAGAAAAGAAUCGGGCGUUGUUGAGGGAGCAUUUAGUGGCUGGAAGGUUAUUUUACGUGUUGACAGGCACCGAGAAGCUGGGUUCAAGCGCCUUCUUCAGGCAGGAGGAGCAAAGGUGUUACCUGGUCAUCCUUUACCUUUAUUUAAAGAUGCUACACAUCUCUUUUGUGACUUCAAUAAACUAAAACCUGAUGACUGCAGAGUUUUCAUAACAGAGGCUGCUGCCCAGAACAUGGUCUGCUUGAAAACAGAAUAUAUCGCUGAUUAUCUCGUGCUGGAAUCUCCUCCUUGUGUGGAUAACUACCGACUGUCAGAAGCUGCUUUAUUCCAGAAUAAGGAAGCUGGGCUUGGAUUACCCCAGAAGAGGAAAACUCCCACAGAGAACGGUAUCAAACGGCCUCGGAUGCACUGAUGUACUCUUGCCACCAAACAGCAAAUGUUUUCUAGUUCAGAGAUGGCUAUAGGUUGGUGACAGCGCGCUUGUCCCUGGGUUUGAUUCCCCAGCAAUGCAAAACAAGAAUUUCAGCUACAACCUAAAUGCUGCUGUGAUAGGUUUGUGUAGCAGUUUAAAGGCAUGCAUCUGAACUGAACCUGUGAACUUGAUGCCUUUAACACCUGAAUUUGAAUCACUGAAUAUUGACUGUUCCUAAUAAAAGAAACUUCAAACUAGCUUGUUAGGCAACAUUGGGUACAUAAGGACUUGUUUUUCUUGUAAAUAUCUGAGGCUGUAGUUUUAACGGGACAUAGAUUUUGUUUCAAAAUGUCUUAGUUCAUAAAAGCAAGUUAUCAAUUGGGGUUAGUCCAUGUUUUCCUGAUUUUUAUAUAUAUAUAUAAAUAUUCUUGCCAUUUAGCCUCUUAACAGCCUAAGCACAGGGUUUAAUAAUGAAGCUAGGGCUUUAAACUAAAAAUGUAUAUAUAUGUAAAUGUGUGUAUGUAUAAACUUCCAUGAUUUGCCAACGGUGGGUACCAAAACGUAGAAAAUGAGAUAAAGAUUAAAAAAUAUCAGCUCAAA